UCCAAGCAGGCGCGCGGAUAUGUACCACUGACGGGCACGGGCUUCAACGGGGAGACACCGAGAGAGUUAUCUGUGGAACAGACUCAUUUUAUUCCACAUAACCCUUUUCCCCUUAUUUGCGCUUUUAUCUGGACUUUGUGGAUUACUGCUGUUUCUUCCCAAUUUAAGUAAAAGGCAGAGUGCCCUUCAGCAGCAGCAGCCAUGGAGGAGUCGAGCCCCCAGAAGCUUGUGGCGUGGGACACGGACGCCAAGGCGGUGCAGCAGUGCCUCACGGACAUCUUCACCAGCGUCUACACCACCUGCGACAUCCCCGAGAGCGCCAUCUUCGGGCCCUGCGUGCUCAGCCACACCUCCCUGUACGACAGCAUCGCCUUCAUCGCCCUCAAGUCCACCGACAAGCGCACGGCUCCCUACAUCUUCAGGGUGGACACGUCGGCGUCCAACAGCUCGUCGGAGGGCCUUAUGUGGCUGCGGCUGGUGCAGUCUGCGCGUGACCGCGAGGAGCAGAACCUGGAGGCCUAUGUGAAGAGUGGCCAGCUGUUCUACCGCUCGCUGCGGCGCAUCGAGAAGGACGAGGAGCUGCUGGUGUGGUACGGCAAGGAGCUGAUCGAACUGCUGCUGCUCAGCGCCUCCAGGGCGCCCGCCAAGACCAAAGGUUCCCCUCCGUACCUGUGUCCCGACUGCAGCCAGCGCUUCCAGUUCGAGUUCCCCUUCCUGGCCCACCAGCGCUUCCGCUGCACCAAGAGACUACAGAGCCUCGCAGGGUCCGACGACGACCCGAAGGACGUCGGCUCGCCUCUGGGCCUCACACCAGCCCGCACCAGCCCCAAGCUGGGCCGCCCCGACGGCUUCCCCAACCCCCCGGAGGCCGGUAAGCCCGCCACAGACUUCCACAACCUGGCUCGCGACCUGGAGAACAACCGGACCAGCCCGCCCAGCGACAAGGAGGCGGAGAUCUCCAGCGAGAGCUCGGCCAAGAGGAAGUUCUCGGAGAUGGAGGAGAACAUGGGUCCUCUGGGCCUGAGCAGCCGGAGCAACGGGCUGUGUCUGCCCAUGAAGUCCAAAGAGGAGCUGGCCACCUCGGCCCGCGAGUACCGGGGAGCAUACGGCCUGGAGGAGAACCACCGGCGCACCUUCUCCCCGCCUGGCGCCGACCUGCUGGGCUCGGAGGGCAAGCGCAGCGCCUUCACCGAGGUCCGCAAGUCCCCGCAGAGUCUGAAGCAGCAGCACGGCUCCAGUACCAAAAGCUCCAGCUCUUCAUCAUCGUCCUCGUCGUCCUCCUCCAACACCGAGAACAAAGACUCUGGCAGAGCAGGUCGUAGCAGUCCCUUGGAUAAGCACUCCUCCAGCACAAGGCAGGUCCUGGGCGAGACCCAGUCCCCACCACAGUCACGGCUGGACCCCCUGCCCCCUCCGUCCCCACACCUGGCCAGCGCCUUCACCUCUGUGGCCCAGCAGGUGGGUGGCAGUACGGGCUCGUCCGAGAGGAAGAGCGCUUUCAGCCAGCCCGCACGCUCCUCCUCCUCAGCAACCUCCUUCCCCCAGCUCUCCCCCUUAGUCAUGGCCCCCAAGCUCCUGGACUGCCACCCUGCGGUGGGCGACACGGUGUCCUCCAGCAGACUGUACCAGGCUGACCACCUGGCUGCCAAGCUGCAGCAGGCCUCGGAGCUGGGAGGUGGCGCGUGCCCCAUGCCGGGCAGCCUGGCCAAGCAGAGCCCCUUCCUGUAUGCCGCGGCUGCCGCCACCGCCUUCUGGCCCAAGAGCACGGCGGCGGCGGGCCCCAUCCAGCUGCAGGUGCCCUCGGCGCUCACCCUGCUCCCACCCUCCUUCACCUCCCUCUGCCUGCCCGCCCAGAACUGGUGCGCCAAGUGCAACGCCUCCUUCCGCAUGACCUCCGACCUGGUCUACCACAUGCGCUCGCACCACAAGAAGGAGUUCGCCAUGGAGCCGCUCGUCAAGCGGCGGCGCGAGGAGAAGCUCAAGUGCCCCAUCUGCAACGAGACCUUCCGUGAGAGGCACCACCUGUCCCGACACAUGACCUCGCACAACUAA